CGUCUCAAAAUAAUGGACUUAUACCUCCUAAAUUUAACUUGUCCAACUAACAAUUUCAGUUCAACUGGUAUGAGCGCACUUAAAGAUCAUUAGCUGCAGCGUUGCGGGGGUGCUUCGUCUCGGAAAGACGGCUCUUAUCAAAAGUAACAAAUAGAAUCCGACCAAGCAGAGGCAGUGACACGCAAAAAAUUACAAACUGACAACAAUGACAUCAGUUGUCGAUACAAAUGCAAAAAAGGAGGGAUAGACUGGCUGAUGUUUUUUCUACUGCAUAUCAGUCCCUGCUGGAUGUGUGAGUGAAGAAUUCUAACUAUCCAAUAUUUGGAGCGAAAUCGUCAGAGCGUGAGUUUACAAGGGGAAAGUUCAGCCAAUCAAAGUGUUCAAUCACAGGGCUGACGUGACUCUUCUUCUUUUUUUCUUUUUCCUACUCUUGUUGCGACAGGUAUAUUACAGAGAGAGCGGUAGCAGUACAACAGUGCUCUGUGGAUUCAUGUUUGGUUCGGGACAUCUACGAUUAACAACCAGCUACAGCCGCGCUAAUGUGUGUGUUUUGUAACUUUAACACAUUAAUUAGGAAACAGAGGCCUUUUUACGAUAAUCCCAGACGCGCAGCAAGCUUGCUGUCGUUCUGAAUUACGACGCAUUUAAUAUUUCACUCUAAACUAUAUAUUUAGAUUUUACGUUUGGAACAGCUAGAGUCGUGCCACUUGCUGCAAGAGGUCGUUCACAGCACCCGCUCACAUGUCACCUAUGCUUCACAUGGCCAGGCAGACCACUAAAUUACCACAGGACUUUGGAAACGAGCGUUAUUUUGUCUGACAGGAAAGGCAGUCGAAGACGUGGAGUGUAACUACGAUUUCUAAGUCACUCUUCAGUUUUCUCUUACAUGCAGCUUCUUGGUUCAUCUGAAAGUCCGCUGAAAUAUUUCCUUUGCUUAUUUAAUGUGGCAUUUGAAUGACAUAACAACAGCGAAAUGACAGCCGACCUAUGGGAUUCGGAAAAUUUGCAAGCGUCUUGAACGACAGACAAGUUGGAUAGUAGUGUAUUUGUAGAGCGUCGUUCUUUCCUGUACGAACCACGGAUGCACCUGACAACGGUGGUAUAAUUGUAGAAACUUCAGCCAAGUGCCCAUAUAGACGACUUAAGUUGGAUUUCAGGUCGUCAAUAGCUGCGUAUUAGCACCUAGAACAAUACACUGAGACUCUUGUUGAUGGCAGCUGGGUUGAUUUAUCUGAACAGGGAUGUACGGACUUCUUCUGGAGAGCAUAUAUGAGUAUCUGAAACAGACUUAUGGCGAAAAUGUUGCUGAAGAGAUACGGAAACGUGCCAAUAUUCAUCAGCACAGCUUUGUCACACACAAGGUGUACAGCGAGACACUGGUCCCACGCAUGGGGGACGCUGCUGCCGCCAUAACUGGAACGCCGAAGGACGAGUUAAUGGAGCAGUUUGGGGUGGCAUUUGUAACCUUCGUAGGUCACUAUGGUUAUGACCGCGUGCUGAGAGUUCUUGGGCGGCACAUGCGCGAUUUUCUGAACGGACUAGACAAUCUGCACGAGUAUCUGCGGUUUAGUUAUGCCAAACUUAAACCUCCGUCGUUCUUUUGUGAAAAUGAAACCAAAGAAGGACUAACUCUUCAUUACCGCAGUAAACGCAAGGGAUUCCUGCACUAUGUGAAAGGGCAGAUUAAAACGGUGGGCAGUUUGUUCUAUAACACACAUGUGGAGAUAGACGUGAUAAGCCACCGGGAAACCGAAGAUCUCACCCACGUUGUAUUUCAGCUCAAAUUUGACAAUUACGCAUAUAGGGAACCUGUUGAGAAAAAGGACAUAACACAAACUACAAAACUUCACGUCCGUUCUGCUGUGUUCUUCGAUGUUUUUCCAUUCCACUUGGUAUUUAACAGAGACAUGUUGAUACGCAGUGCCGGGAAGGGUUUGGAGCAGGUUCUGGAGGGACUGGAAGGACGACAGGUGGAUACGGAGUUCGUUAUGAUGCGGCCCUUGUUAGAAUUUACCUGGAAAAAUGUAAUGUCUCACACUAAUAACGUGUUUGAACUUCAAUCGGUUAAUGAGACCAAAGCACAGCGGCAGCAAGAUUUAGAUGAUCUAAGCGACGAUGAUGUCUGCAGCUUCCAAACCGAGACUGCAUCGAGACGCACACGUGUUAGUCGUGCUUCCAGACGCAUCAGUUAUGCACAAUCUCAAGACUGUGGCACCAUCUAUAGUCAGCCUGCGCAUGACCAAGUUUACAACUCCGCGCGGACCUCCUACCUGCGUCUGAAGGGACAAAUGAUGUUCAUGGAGGAAUGGGACUCCAUCUUAUUUCUGGGGACGCCCAUCAUGGAGAACCUUGAUGUUAUGUUUACAACCGGUCUCUAUAUCAACGAUCUCAGUAUGCACGACUCCAGCAGAGAUUUGGUGUUAGCUGGAACACAGCAGUCCGCAGAACUCAAACUAGCCUUGGACCAAGAGCAACAGAAAAACAAGAAGCUAGAGGAGACAAUGCGGAAGUUGGAUGCAGAAAUGAAGAAAACAGACUCGUUGCUGUACCAAAUGAUUCCAAAAAGUGUUGCUGAUCGUCUGCGUAAAGGGGAGCCAGCCAUGAACACUUGUGAGGUGUUUGAAAGUGUCACCAUCUUGUUCAGCGAUGUGGUAGGGUUCACUACUAUCUGCAGCCAGAUCACACCAAUGCAAGUUGUGGGGAUGCUCAACGCCAUGUACACAGAAUUCGACCAACUCAGCGAGAAGAACCAAGUCUAUAAGGUGGAGACGAUAGGGGACGCUUACAUGGUGGUGGCGGGAGCACCUAUCAAAACCAAAUACCACGCGCACCACAUCUGUAACAUGGCAUUCGACAUGUUGGACGCCAUGUCCAACCUCACCGACCCCUCCACAGGCGGCAAUAUGAGGAUACGAGUGGGCGUACAUUCGGGUGCAGUGGUAGCAGGUGUGGUAGGGAUGAAAAUGCCGAGGUACUGUUUGUUUGGGGACACUGUUAACACGGCCUCUAGGAUGGAAUCCACGGGAGAGGCCAUGAAGUUACACGUCAGUGAAACCACAAAGCAGUUUAUAUCAAGCGGAGACGGCUACGUGUUACAGGAACGUGGAUCUAUCCAAGUGAAGGGCAAAGGUUCCAUGAAAACCUACUGGUUGAUGGGGAUUCCUGGGCACGACCCGGCGAAAUACGCGGAGCUGGCCAGGAGAGGCUCGCACAUGCCCCCCCUAGAGAACGGCAAACACGUCAACGGCUUCGAUACACUGGGUCCCGAGGACGCAGAACUCGAUGGUCUUGAGUCCGAUAAGGUAUCUUUGGUAUCCCCUCCCCCAGUGCCUGGUGACUGUGCUUUUGUCCCACCUUUGCUGUCCAUUGAUCAUAAACCCGCUGAGCCCUCUGAGGACGAUGUGAAAAGCGGUCUCAAGUCGCCUUGUCCAAACAAGGACCAGGGCAAAGCUGUGAACGUAGACGACCAAAGGGUAAAACCGACAGACGUGUUUGCUAAAGGGGCUGGGAAAGGGAACGGCUCUCACUACUCCAACAACAGCCUAAACGUUGCCAUGAAGAAGGUUGGCAAUGCAGAGAAGGCGCGUAAGGAAAUGUUACGUAAUGAUAUUAAUCCUGAUAUAGAGCCAGAAAAGAAACCUGCUCCCACAAAGAAAAGCAAAUUUUGCAAUUUACUUUGAAAAUUAAUCGUAUACCAGUUGGUAGAACGCUCUAUUUUUCUAGAAAAAAAAUUGUUGGUGCGUCAACGCUCCUUAACGCGCAUGCGUACAUUACGUGGACAUAAAAAAUCAAGAAUACUCAACAGGUGCUGUCAAAAACUGAGCUCAGAGGUACACGUGAUUUGAAAAAUUAUUAACACAAAACCGUCCAAAUCAAUUGUCAACCGAGCUGUGAAAUAUUUACAUUUUCCUUUUCAUUUUUUUAACUUUUGCCUUUUAAUUAUAUUCAAAAUCCAUAGUCGCGAUUGCGGUUCAACAAUCCAAGUCUGUUUAUACAAGAAAAAUACAAAUUAAUCCGCUUUCCAAAGCUGUUUGAUGAACGCGCGUGCCACGUCGCUCAGCAUAGAUUUUUUUUUUUCAUAUCCACAUUCCUCCCAGUUUUAUGUUUAGUAAGGACAAUCCGUGUGAGGUAUUGUUUGAAUGUCUUUUUAUCAGUGUUUUCGUCUUUCUAGUUUGACAUGUUACUUGCAUUACCCCUUGCAUGCCUUUAACUUCCCUACUUAUUUCUGUUUGUAUCACUAUCUUUGAUGUUAUGCAAAAUGUCUUUAUAUUCGCUCUAAAAAUGACAGGUUAAUAUUGAGAAUGUCCAUUUAUGGAUAAAACGCCCGCCUUUCCGAAGAAAAACAAUUUGUUUGCACCAAGAAUAUUGGUUUUAUUAUUGUGUUGUGUCAAACUGAUACAGCGCCGCCCAUAUUUUUCGCUACAGUCACCUGGUCUUACCGCGGUGUAACCGUCCCCUUAAACGCGGUAAAUCCUGUGGCGCAAGGCAAUGGCAGUGCGGUAUCAAGCGUAUCUUUAAGAGCAUGUUGCGUGUUGUGGCGUGAUUGCACCAUCUCACCAAUGGCUUUUUUUGUUUCUGUUACAGACCUGAUUCCAGACACUCCCACUGGAUUGCAUGUAUGACAUCUAACUCAACAGUCUACAACGUCCUUAACGUGUUUGGAGAGUGACGCGCGCAUUCUACUACUACUAACUCUAACGACGUUAACAAUCCGAAGCCUGAUCAUUCACAAUAGCUGAAACACAAGGACUCCAAUCCUGAGAAGAUAACUUUGAGGCUGAGCUUAUUUGUGUCUGACGACUUUGACUUGGAGAGAAUUUGUCUUUGGCCGCUACCUACUUGUGCAUGUAGUUGUUCCUUGUUUAUUGUGAUGCACUUAUAACUGUAUAGGGCCCAGUUGAGUCAACGUAAUGUGACAUUAACCCAUCCUGGCCACGUCUAGAUAACUGUUUAUUGUGUAUAACAUAAAAUAUAGAAGUGUUUCAAACGUUAACUAAUUCGACCUCGUAUUAUAUGUUUGGGUAACUGAACUAACUUGUGAUCUUACUGUGUACUACGUGAUAUGACGGUCCCUUUGGUCCUCUUGCAGGCUUUGAGAGAGUCAAUUAAAAAUCACAGCACCUUCACUGCUGGACAUCAAAAUAACGGACAAAAUGACCUUAGGUCAACAGCUUUCUCAACAAAUGCAAGAAACCUAAGUGGAAAACAAUCGAUCAUUGAUUUAUAUAGCUUUUUUGUGUGAUUUAAUCGACCCUAAGGCAAGUUGACGUAUUGUCAACAAAGCAUUCUACUGUGCAGUUACCGGCGGAUUUGGUCAAAAUAUUAUUAAAAUUCUCUCAGUUUCAAUUAAUUUUACCAAAUUUGAUACGACUGAUGAUGACCCGCGGAUGAAUAUUAUUAUCAUUAUUAGCUACUAACAAUAGUGAAAAACGACUACCACAUUUUAUAGCAUUAACUAAAUUGCCCAUGAUAUAAUUAUUUAAUGCCAUUUGAAGUUCAAUACUAAAAUGCGCGUAUUCCCACAUAACACAUACAAUUGGUUACGUUGGCAUCGCUGGGCCCCACUGUGGUCUUACUUCUUUUGGAAUGAAAAAUAAGACGAUUGACUGCUACCAGUUUUUGAAAUGUUGGAAUUAAGUGGAUGACUGUGCUGAGAGUCAGGUGUAACAAUUCGUCUAUUAAUCCGAAGAUGGUGAGACGUGGCGAAUAUCUAAGUGUAAAGUAUAUACAUGUAUAUGGUCAUAUUUUUAUUAAGCUCUUCCUAAUACAGACAUAGAAAACAAAAGGUCUAAAAGACGCUUUUACAUAAUUUUAUAUUUGAGUUUAAAUUGUGAUGACUUUAUUCAGAUACACAUAAAACACUAUUUGUAACAUUUCUCAUUUACCUAAUGCAGUAUCUGGAUUCUCAUGUCAUUUAUUUAUUGAUUUCUUAUGAGUUUAAAAAUAAUAAUGACAGGUCUGGGCUUUUAAUAUCGGUAUCAACUUCAUAUUGUACUGCCUUAACAUUGGCGCACCAGGUCGACGCACAAGUAAAGGAUUCUUUGCUAGAGUUUGUAUUGUCUCGUUAUUUCCUGUGAUCCGAAUUCUCCUUUGUAUAAAGCACUGUAUAUUGUCAAAUCUAUGUGAGAAUAAAUAACCAAAGAUGAGAUAUAUCUUUCAAAUCAUCAUCACAUUUGUAUUGU